CUCUGGCGCGCAUAAUAAGCUGGAAACAUCCGAUUAUACGAGACGUUUGAUGGGACGAAUCUGUUGAAGAAGGCUUAACGGAACUUUCUGGAAGUAUAUUCACAACGAUUGCGAUUCGCCUUCCUCUGGUCUACGUAUCCAACCAUCUUGCGGCCUUACGAAAUCGCAAACCACCACUUUCCGAUCAACAGAAACCAAGAGUAUUCUAUCGCCCAUCAUGGGUACCCCAUUCUGCAACACCACGUUGGAUGAUAUGCGAAUCCACCCCGGCGAUGAACGUCCCAUAGCCGGGCCCCUGACCUUCCACUCCCUCGCCCUCAUAAUCGCCGCCGCCUCGACGCUGGUAGCCAUACUUACGAGCUUCUACCUGAUCAUGCGGCACGCGACCAACUAUACCGUGCCUGAACAGCAAAAGCAGAUCAUCCGCAUCCUGUUCAUGGUGCCCGUCUACACCUGCUCCUCCUUCCUGAGCCUGCGCUUCUACUACCAUGCCAUCUACUUCCAAGUUUUGAGCGACUGCUACGAGGCCUUUGCCAUCAGCUCCUUUUUUAGUCUGAUGUGCCACUACAUCGCGCCCGACUUGCAUUUGCAAAAGGAGUACUUUCGCGAGAUGCAGCCCAUCAAGGAUUGGGUGUGGCCGGUGAACUGGAUGGCCAAGUGCUGUGGCGGGCACAGGAAGGGUCCCUGGAGGACGCCGAGGAGCGGGCUGACGUGGUUUAACAUCAUCUGGAUUGGGGUUUAUCAUUACUGCUUUGUGAGAGUGGCUAUGACAGUCGCGGCGGUGGUGUCGCAGUAUCAUGGACGGUAUUGCGAGAGUAGUAAUUCGCCCAUGUUUGGGCAUAUUUGGAUAGUAGCAAUCCAAUCCCUCGCCGUCACCAUCGCCAUGUACGCCCUCAUCCAAUUCUACAUCCAACUGAACGCCACGCCCCAACUCUCCCCGCACCAACCCUUCCUCAAAGUCCUCGCCAUCAAACUCGUCAUCUUCCUCUCCUUCUGGCAAUCCAUCGCCAUCUCAGUGGCCACCUCCGAAACCAUCCACAUCGUAGAACCCAAUUCCGUUCUCGCCUACCCCGACAUCAAAGUCGGCAUCCCCUCUUUACUGCUAUGCUUCGAAAUGGCCUGCUUCGCCUUCCUGCAUCUCUGGGCUUUCCCCUACAAACCGUACACCCCCCGCAACAGCAACCGCGGCAUGGAUUUCCACGGCCACGCCAAAAAACAAGGUGGACCGAUGGGCAUCCUAGCCCUCUGGGACGCCAUCAACCUCUGGGACGUGGUCAAGGGCUUUGGAAGAGGGAUCAGGUGGUUGUUUGUGGGCGUGAAGAAGAGGGAGAGGGAUGUGAGUUACUUGCAUCUCGACAAGGAUACUCACCCGCUGGGUAACAGCAUUCCGCUGCGGGGCGCCAGCACCAGAGGGAGACAAAAGAGCAGCAGCGACUCGCCGACGAUGGAGGUGGUUGAGCAUCAACAUCAACAGGCGACGGGAGUGAUGGGAGGAGGAGACUUAGAAGCGCCGGCGCAGGCGCAUCAGCACCAUUAUGCGCAUGGGGUGGUGUAUGGACAUGAUGGGCAUGGGCGUGCACUCGAUACGAGCUACAGAGGCGCGUAUGCGGCAGGGAGGAGUGAAAGCUUUGAUAGCUUGGAUUUGGCGGGGGGAGGGAUGCCGAGGGCUGAGUACGAACGACGAGGGAGAAGCGGCUCUGCUGCUUCCGUUGAUGAGCAUCAUUAUUACGAGGGCCGUAACACUGGCGGUGGUGGUGGUAUUACGACUUAUCAUGGAGGAGAUCAUGGUAUGCGACCAACCGUAUACAGAAACCAGAGCAGCGGGUACUAUGAUCCUCUGCCAGCGCCACGAGAGGAGGAUGAUAGUGUUGGACUGGUUAGACAUGCACCAUAUCCGUAUGGAAGUCAGAAUGGCCAUCGAUAGGCCCUUAAGGAGGGGCCUUGGCUUAGGUGGAGGAGGAAUCAUUCAUGAGCAAUUGCAUUUUAUGUUAUAUACCACUUUGCAGCGGGGUAUCAAUUUACAUUGUAACACUUGAG